ACCUUCAUUCAUAUGCUUCUACAAUCAUCUUUCCUCUCUUUCUCUGUCUUCCAAAUUAAAUUUCGGCUCUCAAACUUUGCCCAGAAAAAUUAUGAAGCAAAAGGUUGUGAUAAGAGUAGGGUCAAUGAACACCCACAAGUUGAGAUCCAAAGCCUUGAAGAUUACUGUAGGUUUUUCUGGAGUGGAAGGAGCGAGAUUCAAAGGGGAAGAGAAGGAUGAAAUAGAAGUAAUAGGAGAAGGAUUGGAUAUAGUUGAGCUCACAAAUUUGCUUAGAAAGUGUGUUGGUCAUGCUGACCUCCUCAGUGUGGGUCCUGUAAAAGAAGAAAAGAAGAAACAUGAUUUUAAAAGCUCACAAUCAGAUUCAGAUGAUCACAAUAUAAUCUGUUAUUAUCCACAAAGCAUUCCCUAUUACCCAAUUCAUCAUUGCAAGAAUUCAUAUCAGUAUCAUCAUGAUCCUUACUAUUGUUCCAUCAUGUAAGGCAAGAGAAUUGUUAAGACUUGCUUCUCUAGUGGAUUCCCUGCUUGACAUCCCUUGUAAACAUUGACAUUCAAAAUACCCUCAUCACAGGCUUGUUUGUAUUAAUUAUAUAUGCUCAAAUUCAAAGGGAAACACGUACGCAAGAGUACUGAACUUGUGUUUGUUUAAA